AUGCUCGCAGCACGGCGCAUCACACGCUGCAACACCUGCUCCGUCACCCUGCUCAACACGCUCUUCUCGGCCUGCGGUGCGGGCGUGCGCCUGCCCGUCCCGCCGCGGGCCCUCACCUCCGCGAAUGCUGCCACUGCGAGACUCGGACACGCGGGGCUGCUAGGGACAGCACGGGGGUUCCAUUACGCCGCCGCUGUCAGGGCUGCACCACCGCCGCCGGUGGACGAGAUCAUCGAGGAGGCGUUCGAGUCGGUGACUGAGACCGUCACGGAGCUGUUUGAGGCCGAGGCCGAGACCGGGCCCGAGGGCGGGAAAGGUGCCGGGAAAGGGGCGGGAGAGGUGAUUGGCGCCGUGACAGAGUCCGUGGUCCACAAUGUAACGAUCGAGCGCCGGACCGUCCGCAAGGAGCAGAAACAGGAGGACGAGACUGGCACCGCAGCUGAGGAGACGGCAGUGCGAGAGGAGGAAGGCGCGGUGGUGGUGGAAGGAGACGAUGCGGCCCCGGGUGCUGCGGCAUCAAGCCCGCAGGCCCAAGGCCAAGCCGUCCCCUGGUUCCUGCGCGUCGAGACCCCGCGCCCCGCCAGCCACCCGCUCGCCGAGCGCCAGGCCCUCCCCGCCCUCCCGCCCACGCCGCCGACAGCCCUGGAACCGCUGCUCGCGCACAUCAGCGCAGAGCUCGGCAUCGGCGACCUCGCCAUCAUGGACCUGCGCACCAUGGACCCGCCGCCGGCCAUCGGGCCCGACACCAUCAUGGUGCUCGGCAACGCGCGCUCCGAGCGGCACCUGCACACCUCCGCCGACAAGCUGUGCCGGUGGCUGCGGUCCGAGUGGAGGAUGCGCCCCGACGCCGACGGGCUUCUCGGCCGCGGCGAGCUCAAGAUCAAGAACCGCCGCCUCAAGAAGAAGGGCAAGCUGGUCAACGCGCAGACGGGGCAGGAGGAGGGCGUGGGCUGGAUCUGCGUCAAUGCGGGCGCCCAGGGGCUGGUGGUGCAGCUGUUUACGCAGCACCGGCGCGGCGAGAUUGACCUUGAGGGGCUGUGGGGGAAGUAUUUGGGUGUGAAUGCAAUCACGAGAAGCCCCCGGGCGACGGAUGCGGACGAGGCGUAUAACGAGCGGAAGAAGAGGGAGUUGGAGCGAGAGGAGGAGGAGGAGGAGGAGGAGGAGGAUGCGGAGAUCAGAUACAACCCCCGCGUCCCGCUGAUCCGCCUGGGCGCCGGGCUCUCCACUGGCUCCGACUUCACCCCCGCCCGCGCCCGCGCCCGCACCCGCCCCCCGCACAGCCGGGCCCUCCACACCUCCGCGCCCCGCCGCACGCUCACGCUCACGCCCACGCCCACGCCCACGCCCACGCCCACGCUCACGCCCACAGACCCGGCCAACCCGCGGUCCACCUACCUCAUCGACAACAUCGCCUUCAAGGGCAUCGAGGUCCCGCGCUCCGUCGCGCAAGGCAAGCCCUGGCACCUGACCAAGCAGCUGCCGCCGACCUACACGCCCGCCGCGCACCCCGCCGUGGCCACGCUCAUCGCGCGCGCGCAGAUCAACCAGCUGCGCGCGCAGUUCCCCGGCCGCAAAGCCGCCGGCUCGCGCACGGGGCCCUGCACGCUCCUCGGCACCGGCCCCGCCGACACCUCCUCCACCGAGUUCCUGCGCAGCUUCCACGCCAACCUCCCGCCGCCGCCGCCGCCGCACGCCUCCUCCUCCCCCGCCGCAACCCAGCUGCGCCUGGAGCUGCUCAUCGAGGCGCACCGCAUCGCGCCCGCGGCCUACCCCGCGCAGUGCAUCACCGACUUCCUGGCGAACCUCGCACAGCACAUGACCCCGCCGCACGAGCUAUACUACCUCGCCGUGCGCGCGCUCUCCACCUCGCCCACGCUGCGCGCCCACGACAUCGGCGCCGACGCAGACCUCACCGCCCUCGACGCGCUGACCGCGCAGCUCCGCGCGCACCAUCCCACCGCCGACACCACAGCCCCCGAGUACGCGCUGUGCCGGCUGCGCGCGCUCGCGCCGCCCGCGAUGCCGCUCGUGCAUGACCUGGCGCUCACGGUGUGCGACCCGGCCAUCGAGACGCCCACGCACGCGGUGCGGAAGCGCGCGGGCAAGCUGCGCAUGGGCCGGUACCGGCUUGAUGCGCGGGUGCAUGCUCUUGAUGCGGCGGUGCGCGCGGGCAGGCAUGGGUAUACGGUGAGGGAGUGGCACGAGACGCUGCUGACCACGUAUGCGAUGUGUGGGGCGUGGCGGGCGUUCUGGAAUGCGUGGGGCCGGAUGGCGCUGCUGGGGGUGAGGAGGGAUGAGGGGUUGUAUCGGCUGGUUGUGGGGCUGGUGGUGAUGGCGGGGGUGCAGAAGGAGGGGGUUGUGGCGGGGAGGGGGCUGGUGAGGGGGAUGGGGAGGGAGGUGCCGCCGGUGGGGGUGGGGGUGGGGAUGGCGAGGGGGUUGAUAACGUUGGUGGAUUUGGUGGAGGGGGUUGAAGCGGAGGGGGUGGAGGGGGUGGAGGGGAAGGGGGAGAAGGAUGCAAGGGAGGGGAAGAGGGAGGGGAGGAAAGGGGAGAAAGGCGAAUGGAAGGUGUUGAGGGAGAAGUGUGAGAGGGUUAUCAGGAGGGGGGCGCAGGCACAAGCAGCUACUUCGUAG